AUGAGCAAAGAGGGUGUCAUUGUUGACAUCAGUAAACAUUCUGGAAGCGGAGUAGGACAAAUCCAAUCAGAUGAUAAAGGAUACUAUUAUGAAAGUAAUGGUGGAAGAGUAAACCUGACGGAUGACUGGUAUCCUGACCCGGAAGGAACGUAUAGAAAGUUAACACAUACUCCAAAAGGUGGCAAAAUAGGGAGUAUUAAUAAGGGAGGAACUCCUCAGGAGGGAUUUCCUGACUUAACUGGUUAUACUAGCGUCUCAGUAUACUACUGGUCAGGGGAUAAUAGUUUCAGCAAUCCCCUCCUAAUUCAACUUGGUAUAGGAAAUGAGUAUUAUACUACUAAUGGUAGAGAUAGUUGGGAUAAUGAUAACCAAAUAAGCACUACUAAUCUCAAGGACAAGUUGAAUGAGCAGAACUGCAAAAAGAAUAAGGCUCACAUUGUAGACCUCUCUAAGCAGGGUAGUGGUACCCCUUACGAGUGUCCCAGUGGUUGUAAUAGAGCAAAUAUCCACGUAUACAAGAGCGAUUCUUCCGGAGAUACCAUCACCUACGGACAUACUAUUACUUCAGUCUCUGGCUUUAAGGAUGGUAAUACUUGGCAACUUGGACUACCAUCUAUUAAGGGUGUAAACCUUAUCAAAGUAUACUGGAAAGCUUCUGGUGAAACAAAUCCCAUCUUCAUUCUCUAUCAAACUAGUAGGCAGAGAUAUUUCAGAAGAAACGCCGGGGGUGGAAACUCCUGGAUUGAGGUUACUACUUCUUCUAAAGAAACUCUUCGUAUUCAUAAUCUUGCUCUCGAUCUCUCAAACACAGAUGGAACGUACAGUUUUGGAGGUGCUAAUAUAAAGAUGGCUGUACUGCUCAGUCAUAUCGGCGAUGGCUGUCGGAAAUUUGAACAUUCCCUGAGAGGUGGUCUCUUUACGGUUAAUGGUGUUAGUCAUGGAAUUACUAAACUUGUUGAUAUACUGGAAUGCUAG